AUGGCAGUUAUUAUUGAAGACGGAGUUCCCAUCUCUUCAAAGCAAUGGGAAAAUGUGCAAACUGAACCUGCAAAAGUUCAGCCAAAACCUGUUCCAAGAAAAAACAAAGUCGUUCCCGAUAAAAGAAAGAAAGGGAAAAGGCAUUUAAGUGAUGAAGAUGCUUUUGUGAAGUUUAAAGCCUUAUUUGGCAAAAAAAGCGCUAGGAAUGAUUACAUGGAACAAAUCCCUGAUCAUGAAGCCGAUAUGUUGAGUCUUGUUGAACACGACCGUCAUUUUUCUCUUGAAAAAGAGGUGAAAAUGUCUAAAAAGAGAAAGAGCAAACUUCAAGAGCCACCUGCUUUAACUAAAAAGCACAGAAAGUUCAAAACAAAGUCGGUUAGCAAAGAGACAAGUCUUACUUCCAAGCGUCAAUUAGAUGGUCAAGUAGUUGGUUCUUUUGCUCCCACCAUUGAAGCAGGUAAAGGUAAAAAACUACUUGAAAUGAUGGGUUGGAGCCGAGGUUUGGGUCUUGGAUCUGAGAAUCAAGGUAUCAAAGAUCCUGUUGCUGCUGUCGUGAAAAACAACAAACGCGGAUUAGAGUAA